AGUGAUAUCCCGAGACUCCUCCACCUAUUUGUUGUGGUACUAAGCUGUGUAGCAAAUUCCUAGAUUCCUUGAACACGUUCCCACAUAGGGUUAGACAUUACGUUGCCUGCUCCAAGCACUCUUCUCAACCUGAUCAUCGUCUUCUCUGACCCCAAGCGAAGAUCGUCUAUUCACAGCCUUUCUUCUGUCUUUACCAGAGCUCCUCUACUUAAGUUCUAGUGAAAUUGGAAUGUCACCAUACACUUGCGUCGUUUCUCCUCUCAUUCAAUCAUGCACACUCUAUCGUUGCGCUCACUCCCGGCCCUCUUCUCGCUAUUACUGUCGUUUGGAUUCCCUGAUGGUCCUAUCAAGAACUUGGUGACUUUCGGGGACAGCUACACAGACAUUUCAGGAAUAGGCGACAACGGUACUGCGUGGCCUGUCUACGCAGCUAGUUACCGAAACCUCCGCUUGCAUUCAUUUGCCAUCUCCGGGGCAACGUGUGAUCAACGUCUCACUCCUCGCGUCAACUUCCCGUACGUUGUGCAAGAUGAAUUACCAGCAUAUUUCGAACAGACACAGAGUGGGCUGAAGCUCGAUCCAAAGGAGACUCUGUACACUCUAUGGAUUGGAACGAACGAUGUUGGAGCGGACACGAUGAUGUCAGGAAAGCAGACACCCGGGAACACCAUAGUUCAAGUUACCCAAUGCCCCGUGAGCUGGGUGAAAACCUUGUACGAUACUGGCGCUCGAAACUUCCUGUUCCAAAACAUGAUUCCACUCCAGCUCACGAUUCUCUAUCGCGCUGACGGGUACCUCACCCGUUUCUGGACAGCACCUCAUAAUCAGACCGAAUGGAGUGUUUAUAUGACUGAACUUGUUGCCUCCGGAAAUGAGCUUGCAAGGCUGAUGCUUCAAUCUCUUUCUCGGGAGCUUCCCGGGGCUCAUAUCGGUCUGUUCGACUCCUACUCGUUCUUCAUGGACAUACACGACUAUCCUCAGAACUACCUCAACGGCACAGCACCGUUGAAUGUCACAGGAUGCAUUAAUUCUUGUAUUGUUAAUGAGGACGGAAGCUCCACUUGCACAAUCAUUCAGGGUACCGACCGCGAUAGUUUCUUAUGGCAGGAUGAGCUGCAUCCUUCAGAGCAGGUGAAUCGGAACUUAGCUAGACAGAUUGUUGAUGCGAUCACCCUACCUGAAACUCGUUGGACGACAUGGAUGAGCUGAUCAAGAGGGACUUCGAGCGAGACAACGCAAUGUUAUAUUGGAUUCCUCGCAGUAAAUCUAACAAGUGUACACUAGAUACAAAGAGUUUUCGUCAAAAUUCAAUACUUGUGGAUUU